AAUUGCAGGAGUCGUUUGACAGCUCACAAGAAACGUCUGAGCUCAGAGGGUUGAGGAUCGCUCUGUGGAAUACUACCCUAUACAGGAUUUAUCACAGCAUUUUCUUCUUAUAAAAUCUUUACAAUUAAAAGAUUUUUAAAAUAAGUGGAAUGCUACUUUGGACUAUUAUUUCCUCCAUUUUUAUGGCCAAAGUUAGUGAAACUCAAAGGCAGCAAGGACAACAACAAAGAAUCCAAGUUGAAGAAACCUGAGAUAUUUGGAAAAUAAAGUCAUUCCUAAAAAUCCAGUCAACAAAUCAAGUGACUGUUUAACAACAUGGUUGGAAUGAAGCCCACAGAUCUAGCUCCCACAGCCACUGUGAAGUUCUUCGGUGCUGGAACAGCAGCCUGCAUCGCUGACUUGGUGACCUUUCCCCUAGACACAGCCAAAGUCAGGCUCCAGAUCCAGGGUGAGUCCAAACUUGCUCCAGGAGCAGAAGCAGUGAAGUAUCGGGGUGUGUUUGGUACCAUCACCACCAUGGUGCGCACGGAAGGGCCACGGAGUCUCUACAACGGGCUUGUAGCUGGGCUGCAGCGGCAGAUGAGCUUUGCAUCUGUUCGCAUUGGACUGUAUGACUCGAUGAAGCAGUUCUACACUCGAGGAUCUGAGAAUGCAGGCAUUCUAAGUCGCUUACUGGCUGGCUGCACUACCGGGGCCAUGGCUGUGUCCUUUGCGCAGCCCACGGAUGUAGUAAAGGUACGCUUCCAGGCCCAAGCGCGUCUAUCCGAUGGAGCAAAACGUUACAAUGGCACCAUGGAUGCCUACAGGACCAUUGCUCGUACUGAAGGCAUCAGAGGGCUGUGGAAAGGUGUCAUGCCAAAUAUCACAAGAAAUGCUAUUGUGAACUGUGCUGAGCUGGUAACCUAUGACAUCAUCAAAGAACUCAUACUAAAGUACAAUCUCAUGACAGAUAACUUGCCCUGCCACUUCACGGCUGCGUUUGGAGCUGGAUUUUGCACCACCAUUGUAGCCUCUCCAGUGGACGUGGUGAAGACUCGCUUCAUGAACUCCACUACAGGCCAGUACAGCAGUGCCAUCAAUUGUGCCUUCACCAUGCUGACCAAGGAAGGACCGACUGCCUUUUACAAAGGGUUCAUGCCCUCGUUCCUUCGCCUGGGGUCUUGGAACAUAGUGAUGUUUGUCUCGUAUGAACAAAUAAAGAGAGCCAUGACCAGAGCGCAGCAAUCCUGGGAGGCUCCAUUUUGAAUGUUUCUUUUUAAGACAACAAAACAAAUACGGAUACAAAAGCAACCUGAUCUCCAACAUGACCAGUUAUAUCACUAUCAGCUGGACAACAUUUGCAUCAAAAUCUUGUAUGAUGUUGGUAAAAGAUCCCUACCAGAAAGGAAGUGAACUGACAUAUAUUAAAAAGUAGGCCAGAGGUCGUGCCUACUGAUCCUGAAAAAUAUAUAAAAGUACAGAAGAUGAUCCUGUGGACAAGGCCAAGUACAAUUUGGAACACUUUCCAAGCAAGACAACACAUUUUCCUUAGAGAGCUUGCAUUACUUUUUGUCUUCUCUAUAGAACUUGCUUAAAUACUUUUGUCUGCAUAGGUGUUCAGGGAAAUUAUGUUUAAUGUGAUGUUUACAGAUUUGUUUACAAGCGCUACAAAGUUUGGGUCCAUAGAUAGUGCACUGUAUGUAACUAUUAUAAACAGAUAUUUUUAGAUUUGCUACACAUAUAACAAAUUUUAUGAUAUUUUUAUACAAUGUGCAUUCCUGUUAAUAAAACUAAUCAUGUAAAUGUA